AUGGCCUGCCAUCUCCAGGACAAUACGAGAGAGGUAACUUAUUUGCCUGCAUGUGAAAGUAAAUGUUUAUUAUUUAGACUUUAUGAUGGUAUCGAAAAUAGUGAGGAUAAUAAGAUUAGUUUUUCAAGUUUUCUCCCCUUAAAAAGUUUAACUAGCUUUUCUCGUCCUGGUAUACCAAAUUCACUUUAUAUCGAAACCCAUAUUUCAUGGGAUUUUGCUAAGAACAUUCAAAUUCCCUACUUCUCACAACAAGAAGGCACAAUAUAUUUCAAAUCUCCUUUUAAAGUAGAAGUAUUUGGUAUAUGUGAAGAAGGAACUCUCUGA